AUACAGUAAAGCAAUCUUCUUCCGUAUUAUAUAAUAAAUGAAUGGAAGAAGAUAGAUGCUUCCAGUUGUGGUACCUGAUUUUUUUUUGUGAUCGCCGCUCUUUUGGUCUCUAUGGCUUAGUCUUCGUAUAACCCACAAUUGCAUCAUGCUUCCUGCAUUAAACAGUGCUAGCCGUAACGCAGCGGCGACGUUCAACGGAGUGUUCAGUAGAGUGUCGAGUGCUACUCCGCUCGCCGCAGUAAAGUCUUCAAACAGUUAUUCUGCACACAUUCAAACAUCAGUAUAUACACAACAAAGGUCAUGGCUGAGAUCAGGUAUACACCCGAAGCACGUACCAAAUUCUCGAACACAUUCACAUGGACAAGACCAUCAUGCAGUGUCGCAAUUCAAUGUACGUGUACAAACACGUGCAUAUUCUUCAAAGAAAGGUAAAGCAGCGAAGGUCAAGACUCGCAGUGUGUCAACAAGUAAAACACUCGCCGCGCCUCCUCCCAACAGUAAAAACAAAUCACUUGGAAUGAAGUUAGCGUCCGUGGCUGCACAAACACGAGAUCUAAAAAAGCAGCGGUUAGAGGAAACGUCACGCGAACAGACAAAUGACAUGCUGGAUAGCAAUAACUCGGUAUUGCAUCAGCAAGGAGGUGGACACUCUCAUGGACAGACGAACCACCAAGGACAGGGGCGAGGGGGCGAUCACGGUAAUUGUAAAGCAGGUGAUGCUCAUAGUUAUGCUAGCUUGUAUCGGUAUGGGGAGUCGGAAGCACAGGCGGCUAGUGAGGAGGCCGACGAGGGAGUGACGGUAGGGCAUGCACAUCGCGGGCAUAAGAGACCGCAUACACACUCGUAUAAGCUGGACACUACGAGAGGCAAGCAGGUAAAACUCACAGAGGUGUUGAGUAUUCUGAAGUCCGAGUAUAAACUCAUGAGUCUAGCUAUGGUGGGCCUGGGCGCUUCGACGGCAGCUACGAUCGCCUUUCCUGAUGCAUUGGGUACAAUCGUGGAUGUACUCGCAGAGCCUACGACUGUGGACACAUAUGCACGGAUAAAGGAGAUCACCCUCAAUAUGGUCGGCAUCAUAACGGUGGGUGCUGGUGCUACAUUCCUUCACGCCACUCUUCUCGAGAUGGUAGGCCAGAAAAUCGGUGCAAGCCUGCGGAAGAAAUUGUACGGCGGUAUCAUGGCUCAGGACGCCGCCUUCUUCGAUGUGAACAGAUCUGGUGAAUUGGUUAACCGUCUGGGUAUAGAUGUACACGAGACUGCUGAGCAUCUUGUGGAAAAUGUCGGAUCGUUCACAGAGAGUGCCAUGAAAUCAGCAUCGGCUGUGGGCGCGAUGGUGUACAUUUCACCUUUGCUUACCUUUUACUCAGCCGGGGUAGUGCCCAUGAUCAUUGGUGGGGCGCUUUUUUUCGGAAAGUACAUCAAGCGAUUGUCACGCAAGCAUCUGGAUGCGCUCGCUACCUCUACUCAGAUGGCGGCCGAGCGUUUUGGCGCAAUACGCACGGUGGUACUCUGCGAUCAGCAACAGGUGGAGGCACGCGAGUACGGCAAAGUUAUUGACAUGUCGUAUUUGUAUGCGGAAAGACUUGCGUACUACCAAGGGUUGUUUUUGGGCUGUUCGUUCUUUAUCGGGAAUGGUGUGUUGUUGACUGUCGUCGGGCUGGGAGGGAAUAUGGUUAUCAACAACACGUUGUCCGUAGGGCAACUGACUGCUUUCUGUUUGUACGCUGGUAUGCUGAGUGGGUCUGUUUCUGAGGUUACGGAGAGCGCGAGUGGAAUUUUGAGAGCACAAGGCUCGGCUAGUCGUUUAUUCCAACUACUAGAAGCCAAGCCGAAAUUGGGAUACGGAACGAAGAAGUUAGCAGAGGGAUACAAUGGUAAUAUUCGAUUCAAUGGCGUGGGCUUCGCAUAUCCAACUGCCCCAGAUGCGCAAAUCAUUGAGAAAUUAGAUCUGAGUGUCACCGCUGGUGAGAUGGUGGCCCUCACGGGACGCUCUGGGUGUGGUAAAUCGAGUGUUAUCGCAUUGCUACAGGGUUUGUAUGAACCAAACCGUGGGUCUAUCACUAUCGAUGGUGUCGAUCUGCGUGAUCUCGAUGUCGCAUGGCUGAGGUCACAAAUGGGAUAUGUCCAGCAGGAACCUGUAGUCUUUUCCGGUACAAUAAGGAGUAAUAUAGUGUAUACCAAGCCCGACGCUACACAGGAGGAGGUAGUCGAGGCUGCUAAACUAUCAAAUGCACAUGAAUUCAUUACUCAUUUACCGAAGGGUUACGACACUCACGUGGGUGAGAGGGGGGCAUCGCUCUCGGGGGGUCAGAGGCAGAGGAUAGCUAUAGCACGUGCGCUGCUUACGAAACCACGCUUUCUGGUAUUGGAUGAGAGUACAAGUGCCUUGGAUGAGAUGAGCGAGGGUGUCGUAUUGAAUUCGCUGAAAAGUCUUAAUAGGAGCAAAAAGAUAACAACAUUGGUUGUUGCACACCAUUUAAAUACACUCGCAGUGUGUGAUAGGGUCGUGGUGAUGGAUACAGGAGGGGUAGUGACAAGAGACGGUGCCUUAAACAUAAUGUCCGAUGACGCAGGUGGGCAGAACAUAUAUGGAUUUAAGCAAGAUUGCCCGCGGUGAAUUGACUCCAGAUCGGUGGAUCUAGUGUGUACACUUUGUCAGCUGUACUAGCUACCAGUGAUAACGGAUAUGAUGAUCAUUAGGAGUACUGAUCUAUUUCUGAGCUAUUUUAGACUAUUUAAACAUUAACUUGAUUCGCGCGAACAUUGGACUCGGUUCAUCUUCGCCGAAAUGUAGAGUGGUUUGCUGGUUGUGAGGAAACCUGGAAGUGAAUGGCAGUAAUAAUAAAGCCAUGAUCGUACACGGCAAUUCGUCUCUUUCAUGGAGGUAACGAUCUAUCCACUGUCUCUCCUUCAAAAGGCCCAGCUUGUACAGGUCGAUUGAUAGAUGGUAUGAUAUAACAAAUAAAUUUAUUUUGUUCAGAG